CACAGCAGGCGUGUUUACAGACAAUGGUUAGAGGUUCAUUAAAGAAGAAACCAAUUCAUUGCAGUUUUAGAUGAUUUGUGUCAAGAUGACAAUGGAAACAUCCUUACUGUGUCUGCUGGUUCUGACAUCACUGCUGUGCUUCAAGACUCACCAAGAUCAGAGAAUCAUAGCAGGAGACAACGUCACUCUGACAUGUAGAGCAGCUGAGAACAAAGAUGUUAUAUAUGUAGAGUGGAUCAGAACUGAUCUGGAGUCAGAUCAAUAUGUUCUUGUGUACAGAGACAGUCAGUUUUUUACAGAGGGUCAGUCUCCAUCCUUUAAGAACCGGGUGUCUCUGCUGGACAUGAAGAAUGGAGACGUGUCUUUGGUUCUGAAGAACGUGACGACUGAUGAUACAGGAAUAUAUGAGUGUCGAGUUGAUUAUGCAAGAAAUAAUCGCAGCAAGAGAUCUAUUCUGGACACUGAGCCCAUCUGCAUCAUUAACCUGAGAGUUGAAGCAGGGAACAAGGAUGGAGGAAACAAGACCGGACUGAUGGUUGGUCUCCUAGUUGGACUCCUUGCUUUGGUUUCACUUGUUGGUUUCUGAUCUACAACAAUUGGGAACGUUUGUGUCAGGAACAGAAACCGUCUCCUGCAGCAGUAGAACUUGUUCCUGUGAAUCCUGAAAACCUUUCUCCAGCUGAAUGGUGAACAUCAAGGAGUCAUUUUCACCUGGAAGAAACCUUCAGCUCUGUGACAGAAUAUAAAGGGACGAUAAAGACUCAACUGCUUCUAUUCUGCAGGGAUAAAGGAUGGACUGAUACUUGGUCUCUCAGUUUUCUUGUUGUGGUUCUUCUUUUUACUGUUUAUAUGCACCAUAGGUUUCUAGUUUUCUGGUCUAUAAAUAUCAGGGGAAAAUUUGUGUCAGGAACUGCUGCAACAGGAGUAGAACAUAGAUCUAUAAAUCCUGAAAACCAUCCUCCUGCUGAAGAGCGAACAUCUAGCAGUGGCGCCACCAGAGGUUGGCUAGGGUUGGCAAUGCCCCCCCCAUGCCAUGUCCUGACCCCCCCACUGGCCAGUGUAAAUUGUAGUUUAGCAUUUCAUCCGAUGAUGCACAGCCAGCAAGGCAGC